AACCCUGGCAGUCAACGCCAAUAUUUUUGGUGGGGCGCCUGCUUGCUGCCAUCCAAACAGCCCCCAAAUCCGCGCGCCUCUCACAUCCCAGACCGCUGCUGAGCCUGGCCGACAUGGCCACCGCCUCGAUCGCCGUCCGCUCGGCCUUCGGUGUCGCCCUGGCCGCCUUGAUCGCGGCGCGUGCCGUCCGGCGGCGCUCGCUGGAUGCCUGGGGCGGAGCUGCCGGGUUCGCCGUGAUGGCGCUCCACCUUGCCUGCGGCUAUAGGUACGGUGCGCUGCUGCUGGCUUUCUUCUUCACCUCGUCCAAGGUGACCAAGAUCGGCGAGGACCGCAAGCGGCGCGUUGAGGAGGAUUUCAAGGAGGGUGGCCAGCGCAACUGGAUCCAAGUUCUUGCGAAUAGUGCAAUAGCAACUGUAUUGGUUAUCCUAUUGGCGAUAAUGACUGGGGGUCAGGAUUCGCAUUUGCCAACCCAUUGCCUAAACUGUCGACGAGUUCCAUCUAGCGACCACCACGACCGUUUAUGCCUGUCCUUCGCUCUGAGAAGAUCACCACUAGUACUGCCUGUCAGGAAAGGUACAAAUGGUGGAGUGACCUUACAAGGACUUCUUGCUGCCACAGCAGGUGGUCUAACCAUUGGUCUGACUUUUGUUGCUGUUGGACUGAUGACAGCUGAAUGUUCUUUUGAUAUGUCGUUUCAACAGCUCCUAGUAAUACCUAUCUCUGCUGCUGCUGGUUUGCUUGGGAGUCUUAUUGAUUCAUUGCUUGGUGCCACACUUCAGUUCAGCGGAUACUGCAGUGUUCGGAACAAGGUGGUCAGUAAACGGGGACCUACUGUCACCAAGAUUUCUGGAAUGACUAUCCUGGAUAAUGAUGCUGUUAAUGCAGUGUCUGUGCUGCUAACAUCGGUGAUUACAGCUUAUGCCUGCAUUGUCUUCUUCUAGAAGCAAGGGUUUGGUUGGCUUUUUCACCUGUCCCUAAUGCGCAGUGAUGUGUAAUGUGAAUAUUCCAAGGACAGAAUGACUGAUGUUUACUUCAAGCAAGAUGAACAAUGAAGUGUUGGAAAUCUUUGGCUAUUUGCUGGGCACAAUUGACGAGCCUGAUGACGUUUGCUCCAGGCAGCUAGUUUGGUAAUAGUGCAAGUUGGGAAAUUCUAAAUUGUUUUAAGCAAGAAAAGGCCGUGGUAUAAUGCGGAAUUGACAAUUAUGGUUUUUCGAAACCUAUCUGUGUCGAAGAAAGUAUCUAGUUCGCUGUUUUAGACCACAAUCCAACAAUUAUCCCCUUGCCAAAUUAUAGUUAAGUUUUGUCUGAAGUCAAAUUUUGUGAACUCUGACCAAUUUUAUAUUAUAGAGAAAAAUAUGAACAUUUACAA